UACUGUUGUUGUGUAGUGCAUGCGUAAUAACUGAUACGACAGAUUUCUAUAACGAGUGCGAAGUGAUGCUACGAUUUUUGUUUCUGCUGGUUCUAUUCGUCGAUAUUAAAUGUGCAUGGGCAAGAUGGUGCGCAGUGAAUCAAACAACAAUCGAAGAGAUUGUGACGUCACAGAGGGAGGAGCGAAGCGUUGAUUGUUUAGAAUUAUACAAGUUUGUUCAACGAGGUUGGAAAUAUGAUGACGUCAGAAUGAAGUCACGUCACAGUGGAACCACUGGUGUGACGUCAUACUUCAACAGUCAAGGCGAUGACGCAAUGUGUUACGUAUAUCUUCCCGAACGAACACAACGUCGUAAUGUUACAAGGAUUGUACAAGUAUGCUGCGCUGGGUUUCGUGGCGAUAAAUGUGAACUGAAAACAGAUGACACCGUAGUUUGCCACUUUGACGAAGCAUGUCCGGUUAUUGCGGCUGAUGACGUCACCACGACGUCAUUAUCAGGGAGGUUUUUCACCAAAGAGACAUGUUGUUCUUUACUUGGUGGAAAAUCUUGGCGUUUCCAUGGCGACCAUGUGUGUCACGUGUGUAGUGACGUGACGUCACGAAAGGGUAACCAUGCGAAACCGUUUCCCGCUUUUGACACCCGUACACCUGCGUGCGUCACGUGGUCAGAUCAUUACGUCACAUUCGAUGGCGGUAGAGGUCACGUGGUCAACGACUGCGCGCAUAGGUUGCUAACUUCAACGGAUGGAACAUGGUGGGUGGACGUACAAACUGUAAAAUGCGAAAAUGGAACAAAUUGUGGAAAGAAAUUGUUGGUCGUGUUGGAAAAUGACGUCACAAUAACGUUUGUUGAAAACGAAAUUUAUUUCAACGAUCGUAUGGUCUCCAACCGGUCGCCAUUCGUGGAAAAAGGUGUCAUCAUCAAAUUCUUGGAUUUUUUCGUUUCCAUUGAAACUCCUAUUGGACUGACUGUGACGUGGAACAAUGCAUCCAUUGUUGUCGUCACAAUAGGAGAAACCUUGGAUGUAAUGGAGACUAGAGGAUUGUGUGGGGUGCAUGGGGAGGUCGAAAACUGGAGGGUACAAGACAUCAUUACACCAAACAAUGGCUUACAUAACGGUCCUCCCUCCUUCCAAUGCAACGAUCAAUCGGUUCAAGUGUUCGACGAUUGUGACGUAUCAAGUGUGCAAAUCUCGCGUUCGCUUUGUGACGUCAUAAUAUCGGAACCUGCUUUUGAUCAAUGCAGGGAAAUUCUAGAACCAAAACAUUUUUAUGACAGCUGCGUCAGUCAGAAUUGUCGUGACGUCAACGUGACGUCAUCAAAUGAAACAUUGUGUGACGUCAUGUUGGCCUACCAUAUGCGAUGUAUAUCUAUUGGUAUCAACACUCAAGAUUGGAUGGAAAGAAACGGCUGCUCGUGGGGAUGCCCCGAAGGGAUGGAAUUUAGUUCAUGCGUUUCCAAGUGUCCAUCCACAUGCGAUGACGUGGAAGAGAAUACGUCAUCAUAUUGUACAGACAACUGUCUACCGGGUUGCAAGUGCCCCGAAGGGAAGGUCCUAUUUGUUAGCGAUGACGUCACGAAUCAGACGUGUGUGACGUCACAGCAGUGCCCGUGUCGUCACAGAGGGCAAACUUACGGUCAGGGAUCGACGAUAAAAGAACGAUGUAAUGACUGUGUUUGUGGGGCGAGGGGGAGAUGGAACUGCUCGACCAAUCACUGCAGCGCUACGUGUCACGUGGUUAGUGCAGGGCACGUGACAACUUUCGACCAAUCAAAAUACAUACUACCAGAAAGCACAUGUUCGAAGCAUAUCUUGGUGGAACCCAUUCAUUCAUCAUCAAGUAUUGUUCGAGUCGAAGCUGAUAUUCAACCUUCUCGUGGUAUUUACUCGGUCCGUGUGACACUUGGUGCAGAUCAAGUUAUAUUACGUAACAAUAUGUUGGUUACAGUGAACGGUAGCCAAGUGAAAUUGCCAUACAGAAAUAAGUUGUUUUCGGUCCGCCACGCGACGACACAUUCAAUUAUUCUCCGAAGUUUUGGAAUAACUUUGGUCUGGAUACCAAGUUUGGAUUUGCUUGACGUCACAAUGGAGCCUGUGUUCGCUAACAAGGUGUUCGGUCUUUGUGGGACUUAUAACUGGAACAAUGGAGAUGAUUUUCUAACACGAGACGGCGACACAGAGUCGGUGUCGGAUUUAUUCGUAUCCGGUUUUCGCACAGACGACGAUGGUAAAGCAUGUUACAAUCAAGACAAUGCGAACUCGACGUCAUUUUCGAUGAAUCCUUGCGAAACUCAUGCUCAAAGGAAGGAAUAUGCGAAUAGAUUAUGCUCAGUUUUCAACAGCGAAAGUUUUCAGAAUUGUAACCAAGUGAUCGACGCUUCGUCUUUCCAACAAAUUUGCUUCCACGAUGUUUGUUCUUCUCCCGAACCCACCCCUGCUACAGCGUGUCGAUCACUAUCUGCGUAUGCUCUCGCUUGUUUCCAAAGCAGUGACGUCACGAUGACGUCGUCCUGGCGAGAGGACCCAGCUCUUGGUGGAGAGUGUGACGUCAGUUGUCCGCCACAUUUACUCUUCGACGAAUGUAUCCCAUUCGGAAUGACGUCAUGUGAUGACGUCAGCAGACCGUUACCUGGAUACAACGGGAAAUCCCCCACAACAGAAGCACCUUGCAUGCCAGGGUGUAAAUGCGCGGAGGGACUCGCUACAAGGGGUUUUCCCGGACACGAGAACAGCAUAUGCGUUGCCACAGAAGAAUGUCCUUGCAAUAUUAACGGGAGAAUUUAUGAAGUUGGAUUCGAAAAGCAAACUGGAUGCAUUCACUGCACUUGUCUGGCUGGAUUAUGGAAUUGCUCUUCUGAGUCCUGUGGCGCCACCGUGCGGUGCCCCAACAACAUGAUCCACAGCCACAAGGUGACGCCAUGUAGUCAGCUCAGUUGCGAGGACCUUGACCGGGUUGAUUCAUUACGUAACAACGCUCUUUGUGACGAGGAAGUAGCGUAUGAAGGAUGCAAAUGCCCCGACGGUCUAGUUUUGCUGGAUAACCGUUGCGUCUCUCCUUUGGAAUGCCCAUGUCGUCAUAGUGGCAAGUUAUAUAAACACAAUGAUACAAUACAGAGAGAUUGCAACACAUGCACGUGUACGGGCAGACGGUGGCAAUGCACUGAAGAGAAAUGCUCCUCUGUUUGCGUUGCUACAGGCGACCCACAUUAUAUGACGUUUGAUGGAGCGCAUUAUUCUUUUGAGGGUGCAUGCGGUUACAUACUAGCACGACAUGAGGACGGUUUGUUCAACAUCGCUGGUGAAAAUAUUCCUUGUGGUAGCAGUGGUGUCACGUGUACAAAGUCUGUCUACGUCACAGUCGCGUCAACCACUGUACAUUUAAUGCGAGGUAAAGCGGUGACGAUCAACGGGGCAAGAGUUGGAAGGUUUCCACGUUUGUUUGGUCGUGAAGGAUCCAACGACAACGACGUGUUCUUUGUAGAAAUGGCCGGCAUAUAUAUUGUGUUAAGCUGGCCGAAUGUUGGCCUAUCUGUGUUCUGGGACGGAGGUACAAGGGUCAGCAUUCAUCUGUCUCCACGUCACAAUGGUCGUGUGUCUGGUUUAUGUGGUAAUAAUGACAUGAACGUUGAAAAUGAGUUUGAAACUCGCCUCGGAUCCAUAGAAACACUAUUAUCCACGUUCGCCGAUAGUUGGCGUGUUUCCCCGCUAUGUUUACAAACCACUUCGUUGCAAAAUGCGAUCGCUUCCAACCCUUGUGCGGCAAACCCCCAUAGAGAAGCAUGGUCAAGACAUACAUGUUCCAUAAUAGCGAGUGGUUCAUUAUUUGCACCAUGUAGGGGCGUUGUGUCACAUUAUACUUACUACAACUGGUGCGUUCAUGAUGCGUGUGCUUGCGAUAGUGGCGGAGAUUGUGAAUGUGCUUGUACUGCGAUUGCCGCAUACGCACAAGCUUGUAGUAGAAGCAAUGUUCACAUUCGAUGGAGAAGUCAGGACUUGUGUCCAAUGCAAUGUGAUGGAGGGACAGCUUAUAUGGCUUGUGGGCCUGUAUGUCAAGCAACUUGCAGAAUGAAUGGAAAUGAAUCUACAUCGUAUUGCUCCUCCCUUCCAUGUGUGGAAGGAUGUUUUUGUCCUCCUGGAAAAGUCAUGCAUGAUCGGCGAUGCGUGGAAAAGAGAGAUUGUCCAUGUAUAUACGAAGAAGGGGAAUUUCAAGCUGGUUCUCUCAUUUCAAGCAACUGCCAGAACUGCACUUGUAACAAUGGAGAAUGGAACUGCAAGGGUUCUCCUUGCAACUCCCCGUUUCCCUCAUGUGGUGAGGAUGAAUUCUUGUGCAAAGAUGACUUGAGAUGCAUCCCGGCUUUGUGGAGAUGUGACCAUGAGGCAGAUUGCAUUGAUGGGUCAGAUGAAACCGGUUGCAACCAGAAUGCUUCAGAUUGUUGGGAGAAUGGGGGACAUAUAUGUGGAGAUGGAAACUGCUUGCAUGGAAGUUUAAGGUGUAAUGGCGUGGCGGACUGUUCAGAUUCUAGUGAUGAACAUUCUUGCCCCACCAACCCAACCCUUUGCAUUGGUAACCAGUUUGAAUGCUCUAAUGGAAGAUGCAUAGAGGAAUCACUCAUGUGUGACGGAUUCUUCAACUGUGGCUUUGGUGAUUUUAGCGAUGAAGAAAGAUGCAACCAUGAUUGUUCUAUAUUCCACCACUUUCCAUGUGGAAAUGGAAACUGUAUCAACCGUACUUCUAUAUGUGAUGGACACAUUGACUGCAGGAGUGGUUUAGAUGAACUUAACUGUUACUGUGUGCCGACACAAUUUACAUGUGUGGACAGAUCUUGUGUGGAGAGAAGCUUGAUUUGUAAUGGAGUUCCUGAUUGCCCACAUGGUGAGGAUGAAUAUGAUUGUGGUUCCAUCUUACCCACAACACCAAGCCCCCAACUUACAACACCAAGUUUAUUGGAAGUUACUACAGCAAACUCUAAUGAAGAAUGUGAAGAAUUUCGUUGUGGGAUUCCAUCCCUACAAUGUUUAUCAUGGAGCAAUGUAUGUGAUGGAGAAGUUCAUUGUGUCGAUCAAUCUGAUGAAACGGAAUAUUGUUGGAGAGGCUGUUUGGAGGACCAGUUUUCAUGCGACCACGGAUCUAAGUGUUUUCACAUACAAUUCUUAUGCGAUGGAAUUCAACAAUGCUAUGAUGGAUCAGAUGAGAACGCCGACUCAUGUUCUAUCAUUAACAGCACAGAAUCUACCAUACCUAGAAGUUGUAAAGAUGGUUUCCAGUGUCAUGAUGGUUCUUGUAUUAAUGGCUCGCAUGUUUGUGACGGAGUGGCCAACUGUAUUAACAAUGAAGAUGAAGUUGAAUGCAUUAAGAUUGUUGAUGUUACCGUUCCCACUUCAACUUUUACUACAGGAUCCACCCCCGUGACUCCACUACCAUGCUCUGGCUAUUCUUGUCUUAAUGGUCGUUGCAUUGAACUCGGUCGGGUAUGUAACAACGUUGAUGAAUGCUUGGACAGUGGAAACAACACACUCGAUAAUCUUGUAUUACGACUAAUAUCAUCAGAUGAGACAGGAUGUGCUACAUGGACAGAUUGGAGCACUUGGGGUUCUUGUAACCAGUCAUGUGGAUCCGCAGUUCAAUCUCGUAACCGCUCAUGUGCGCUGGGGCGUGACGGAACAGGUCAGCCAAUCACAGCGGAGAAAGAUCCAUUUAAAUCUCGAUGUAAAGGACAAGCUUCUGAAUCGAAACCUUGUUUUAAUAAAGCUUGUCAAAAUACAACAGAUAACCUGACGCCGUGGUCUGAUUGGUCAGAUUGUAGUGUUACUUGUGGUGGAGGGUUAAGUUAUCGGUGGCGAUCGUGUUCAGACGGAAGUCAUAACUGCUCGAGUGCGCUCUCUGGUGGUCGAAACCUAUUUCCUCCUCCGUUACUUGAAAUCCAGUCAUGCGCGACAUUACUUUGCCCGAAUAAUACUUGCUCAGGAAAUAAAAUCUUUUGGCACUGCAACGAUAGCAACUCUUCGGUUGACCUUUGCCCUUUGACCUGUCGUGACCUUGUGAGGGGUGGUGACGCUUCUUGUGUUGCGUCUAGUUGUCACGACGGUUGUGCCUGCCCGGCUGGUCAAGUUGUUUACAACUCCUCAAGUAGCCAAUGCGUUGAUUUGGAAGAUUGCCCAUGUUAUGAAAAUGGAAAGGUGUUUCAAAAAGGGGAAGAAGUAAGAAGACCCAACUUGUGCCAAGUUUGUCAAUGUUCUGGAGGAGGUAGAUUGAGAAACUGCGUGGAGGAUGAAAACUGUGAUCCCGAUAUUUUAUGUGGUUGGACACCAUGGUCAGAGUGGGGUCCAUGUUUUGGGCCUUGUGGUGUCAAUGGUGUUCAGUGGGCCUUUAGGUCACCAUUGUUGCCAAGCAGAUAUGGUUCCAACCGUAAGUGCCAAGGUAUGUACCGAAAGUCCCGACGUUGCCCGACGACCGCGUGCAACUCGUGCAAUGUGCGCACUGUGGAAGGUCAAGUGACACAUAGGGUGGGUGAACAAUGGAGAGAAUCAACGUGCAGGAUUUGUAUUUGCUCUGAAUCGGCAACAGUGGAAUGCCACAAGUAUUGCCCGCAUACAAGUAAUGGAUGUCCAAAUAAUGGAACUCUAAUCCAACCAAGCAAUGAUGAUGAAUGUUGUUAUUGUGAAACAGCUUAUUCUCUACCAGAAACCACUACAACGCCAUACACACAAAAUCCACAAGCGAGUACAAGUUUUAUGAGAGAGAUUGUGACGCAACAAUCCACACAGCCAACCACUACUGUUGGUCAAGAACUAAACUCGAUAACCACCCAAGCUUUAUCUACUAAAGAAACAACUACAUUCAUUCAAUCCACUUCUGUCUCAGAGACAUCAGUAACUACUGCAGUUGACAAUGGCAGUGGAACUUUCCCACUGUGUGAACCAGGUUACUUUCAAUGCAUCAGUGAUAAGCUAUGCAUAUCCAGUUCCAAAGAAUGUGAUGGUAUUGUUCAAUGUCUGGAUGGUUCAGAUGAAACGUGGGAAUUGUGCCAUAGAGAUCUUAUAAACAAAGAUCCUUGCAUGUAUAUGGGGUGGUCUGGGUGGUCAGUUUGUUCUGUUACAUGCGGUGUAGGACAACAAUCUCAACAUAGAGGUUUGCUUAGACCACCUAUACUGUCUGAUGGAGGAAAUAAUGCUAGUGAGAUUUGUCAAGGACCCUUCCAGGCUUUCAGACCUUGUUUUAUCACGUCAUGCCCUCGUGAUGGGUCAUGGUCACCAUGGCAACCAUGGUCAGCUUGCUCACAAAAAUGUGGGGGUGGCGUUCAUGCACGAACAAGGUCAUGUGACUCUCCUUCACCACUAAACGGCGGUAAAGAGUGUCCAGGUGUUUGUUCCGAAACCAAAGUUUGUAAUCCCAUGCCUUGUAUACCAGGUUUGUGCCAAGGUGGUAAGGUUUAUCUGAAUGGAACAAACUGCUUAAACUUCGACGCUUGUUCUCAAACUUGCCGCGACCUCAGUUCUGAUGUGCGGUGCCGAACAGAAUGUUCGUUACGUAACAAUAAUGGAGGUUGCUUCUGCCCACAAGGGAGGUAUCUGCAGGAUGAACAAUGUAUUGAACAAAAAGAUGCUAGAUGCAGUGUAAACUCACAAGAGUAUGAGCCAAACUCAAGCUUCCGUAUCAAUGGUUGUGCAUGCGUCUGUGUGAACGGUAUAGCACGAUGCAGUGAUGAUUGCAAUGUACAUUGUGAGUGGUCUGCUUGGUCCUCAUGGUCAUUGUGUGACAGAACCUGUGGGGUGUCUGGUCGUAGCCAUCGUUAUCGAUCACCAAGCAAUCCACCUGCAUAUGGUACGAAUGCUUCACAUUGUGCUGGUGAUCACCAUGAAGUGAAACCAUGCUCAUGGGGGGUGACGUAUACAUCAUGUCUCCCAGUUUGGGGGUCAUGGGGUCAAUGGUCAACUUGUGAAGCUAAGUGUGAACCUGGAAAGCAGAGGAGGUCGAGAAACUGCACUGGUAUCUUUUGUUUCGGGAUCCGCCAUCAAGACAGGGUGUGUCGGUCAUCUAACGAUAUCAUUGAAUGUAUGGCAUCAUCUUGCCCCAGCAAUACAACAUAUAGAUGCAGCAACUGCCCAAGAACGUGUGAUAAUGCGUUGGUGAAAGAUUCUGCUUGUGUUGGAGAUUGUGUAUGGGGCUGUUACUGCGAAGAUGGAUAUUAUCUAGAGGGCAACACAUGCAUUCCGCUAUCAAGCUGCUCUUGUGAUGUCACACAGUAUGACAUCAUUGAUGACAUCACAAAUAUCAAAGGAGGAGGAACAUUUAUUGUUGGUUGUAGCGAAUGUACUUGUCAUGCUGGUAGGGUUAGCUGUACCAGUACUAACUGCUCGGCAGCGGAUAUGUGGCAAUGGUUGCCAUGGAGCAGGUGGUCUCAGUGCAGUCGUAGCUGCGUGGAUAUAAACCAUCUGUCAUUUGAACCAGUAAGUGUUAGAAGAAGAGUUCGACAAUGUGUUCCCAAAAACAACUUAAUACUGGAUGCUGAAAACAGGAACGCUUCAUGUGUUGGACCAUCAGUACAAACUAGUCAGUGUGGUUUAACUUUAUGUGUUGCUGAUUCUUCAUGGACGGAAUGGACAGCAUGGUCUACAUGUGACAGAUCAUGUGACGGAGGAAUCCAGACGUCACAAAGAAGAUGCAGAGAUGAAAAUGGAUUUUUCCGGAACAUUUGUGAAGGUCCAAAAACGAAGGUAAAGUCAUGCUCACUACAGCCAUGCGAAAAAUCGAAAUGCCCGCUUGGUUUAGAAGAAACAUGUCAUGUGACGUGUUCAUCAGGAUCAACAUGUUUAUCACUGAGUGCAGAGAUUCAUAAUGACACUACUUGUGUUGAAAACAACAUAAAUCCAGAUAAUUGUUCAAUGAAGAGAUGUAAAUGUUUACCCGGGUUUUUGUGGCAAGAUAGUGCAUGUGUGCCACGUCAUAAUUGUAAUUGUUAUGUCAUGGGAAAAGUCAGAAGAUCAGGUUCGGUGUUUCCUAUUGGUCGAUGCACCUCAUGUACUUGUGUCGGGGGAGGCGUGACUUGUGGUCCACGUCUGUUACAAGAUGGUUCACCUACUUGCAGAAGUGAUGAGUCAUGUUUUGAUGAGAAAAAUGCUGACGUUGUGUGGUCGUCAUGGUCACAGUGUAGCAGGUCAUGUGACGUGGGGGUUAGACAACGAGUAAGUUUGCCACCUAACUCCUUUGGACUUUAUCUCAACAACUGGUGUAAUAUUAGAAUCCUUCAACAAGAAGAUUGCAAUGUAGUGUCUUGCACUACACACCAUACACACUGUACUGAAGGAGACUGCAAUGUAACCGACACAACAAAUAUAAACGGGUGGUCAAAAUGGACGCCUUGGGGGGCUUGUAGUGAGACUUGUAUUGGUUUAGGGAACUUUCCCUGGCGACAUAGAUACAGAAUGUGCUACGGAAACACAUCGGCCUGUAAUGGGUCAAGCAUACAAACUUCUCCAUGCAACGACACUCUGCUGCCAUCAUGUGGUGGGAAUGGUGGAUGGUCUCCGUGGUCGGAUUGGUCACAAUGUUCAGUCUCAUGUGCAAGUCGAACAUGGUCUGGUGUGACGUACAGGACAAGGAAUUGUCAAUACACUGGUCAAGGGUGUCUAGGUUCAAGUACAGAGCAGAUGAAUUGUUCGUCAGUAUUCAGCUUAGAAAGUUGUUUCAACAACACAACAACACCAACAUCUAAUAAAGAAUGUGAUGUCUAUGUUAAGGGGAGCGUGUUCAAGCGAUGUGGUCAACUAUGUGUGGAUACAUGCACUUCCGGACAGAUUUGUUCAUCCACUUGUCACUCUGGUUGUUUUUGUGAUGAUGACAAAGUUCUUGAUGACAUCACAAUGAGUUGUGUUCAUCGUAAUUCAUGCAGUUGUAGAGAUUGCAAUUCAACUUAUGAAUCAAAUGAGGAAUUCGAAAAGCACACACCUUGUCAUAGGAAUUGUAAAUGUGUUGAUGGAAACAUUAGUUGUGAAAAUGAUUGUUCAACUGUUGGUGGUUGGUGUCCGUGGUCUCAUUGGACAUCUUGUUCUGGGUCAUGUAGCAGUUCACCACAACACAGAAUCCGGUCAUGUGCAUGUCCAUUACCUUCCAACACUACCAACCCUUCACUCCAAUGCAUUGGAUCUCAUACUGUUUCAACUGAUGUAUCAGUAACAGUUAAAAACAUCAAGUUACAAACAGAGACCAAAAUUUGCCGCAAAAGUUCUAUUUGUCCGGAUGUGAAUUAUGCUAGCUGGAGCUUGUGGAAGGAAUGGUCUGAAUGUUCAUGCACUUCUCCAUACUUUGUAAGGUCAAGGGUUUGCGUCGAUAGAAGAACAAACUCUCCAAGUGGAGAAUGCUCUGGCUCGCAUACAGAGAUAAAACCAUGCAGAUUCAACGCAGCCAAAUGCAACUUCACUUGCCCCCAUGGUCUUGUGUUAUCACCAUGCAGCAAUGCAGGAGAACCUCCAUGUCCAAACUCCUGUCUUGGUUUAGCUCAAGGAGUGUCGUGCGUUAGUGAUCAUGGUAGUUAUGAAAGCGUGGCAGGUCGUUCUCGUCGCUGGGACAACUGUAUCCCACAAUGCAUCUGUCCUCUUGGUCGCUUACUAAACCCAGUAAACCGAGACGGAGGGUUCGAGUGCGUUGAAGCGGAACAAUGCUCAUGUUAUCUGCAUCGAGUGAACGAGACAGAUGUGAUUAUAAAACAUAACGAGACACACAAGGAUAAUUGUAGAAAAUGUUCUUGUGGUUCUGGUGGUCAAAUAACUUGUCAUCCUACGGCCAACUCUUUAUGUGGAAACAAUGUUUGGGCUGCAUGGGAAUCCUGGAGUGGUUGCUCAGCCACUUGUAAUGGAGGCUUUCAAUGGAGAAGAAGAAUUUGUUCAUCAGGUCUUCCAUGCGAUGGCGAUAAAGAGCAGAGACAAGAGUGUAACAUGGAGAUCUCAUGCAUCAUGUCACCAUGGCAACCAUGGAGUGGAUGCAGCCAAUCAUGUGGUGGUGGGGUGAGAUCUCGUACAAGAUCAUGUCUUCAUGAUCAUCAUUGUGAUGAAGAUAUACUUCGUCAGUUUGAAAGAUGCAGUACAACGAAUGUAACGUGUCUUCCUGCUGUCACCCAGUGGUCAGCGUGGUCUCACUGUGACGUAGCGUGUGACGUAGGACGUCAAACACGUCACAGAUAUUGCUCUAACUCGACUCAUAACUUUCACAUCCGCGCGUGUGAACCCGAUUUCCCGCUUCUGGAAACCUACGAUGAGUUAUUGGUUUCUAAACACCAGGACUCGGUCUUUGAAGAAACCCGGCCAUGUUAUGGGAAGAAUUGUUCAGAUAUUGGGGCGUGGGGCGUGUGGGGGGCGUGGUCAACCUGUAACGUUGUUUGUGGAUCUGGGGUCCAAGUCAAAACCCGUGAUUGUGUUGUUAUUAGAAACACAACCGCCGUGGAGAAUUUCACAAACUGCCAAGGAGAGAAAAUCCGCUCACGUCCAUGUCACAUGGCUCCGUGCCCGCGUAACACGUCAUCGAACGCCUGUCCAAUAGGAAUGGUUCUGUCAAGGUCAUGUGACGGCUGUGUCGACGUCAGAGGUCAAAGGGCCAACCGGUUACCGAGGACGUGUCGGGAGCUUGCUGCAGGUUCAAACGACCUGUGUGAGGACCAGCCUUGUGUAUCUGUAUGUGUGUGUGAAGGGGACCAACUGUUGCAACGCGGGGGAGAAUCGAGAGGCGAAUGUGUAAGCGCCCACCGUUGUGAAUGCGCUGACGACAAAGGAACGACUUGGCCCAAUCAAGCCCGAUGGACUGUGACGUCACAGAGCGACAAUGGGGAGGAUUGCAGGUCGAAUUGCUCGUGCGUGGUUGGUCAAAUCGUGUGUGACAUCAUCAGCUGUGUACCACGUGACCUGGAUUGCUCAUGGAGUGAAUGGACGACAUGGACUGCAUGUAAUUCUACUUGUCAAGAUGUUUCUACAAAUGCUUCUCGUUUCCGAUUUCGUUCCUCUUUGAACGACCACCAAUCGUGCGAUAAUGACGUCAUGGAAACGUCACAAUGCACGGAGUUACCCUUAUGCAAUGGCUGCAACACUUCGCAGACUUGGUCAAAAGACGAAUGCACUCAGUGCGCAUGCGUGAACGGUGACACGGUGUGCAAUGACGUAUGUUGGUCACCGUGGUCUGAUUGGUCAGAUUGCUCCGCCACCUGCGGUAGUAAUCUCCAUCAACUCCGGAUGAAAACUUGCAUCUCUGAGUCACAUUGUGGCCCUGACGUCAUCAGCACCGAACGUCGUCUCUGCUAUGACGUCACAGACGUUCCUUGUCAACCCGUGGCGACACUCGCUCCUGGUACGUCAUCAACGCCUCGUGAUUGUUCAACGGUCACGUGUCAAGAUGUAAAAUGCCGAAGCAACGAAUCCAAGUUAAAAUUAAAUGGAAGUUGUUGUUUUCAUUGUUAUAAAAACCACGAUUCUGAACUCGAUGGUUGUCGAGUGAAAAAUGAGCGUCGGAACUUCUCAUUGGACGGAUGCGCAUCACGUGACAUAGAAGUGAAUUACUGCGAGGGGGGUUGCCGUUCCUCCACCCACGUGACCGCCUACGAGCCGUUUUUUAUAACCUCAUGUGAGUGUUGCACGCACCGCGUGGACGAGAAUAACCCUCACGUGAUAGUUACACUUCAGUGCGCAGGGUCAUCGACACGCAUGAUUACGAUUCCCAAUAUAACAGGUUGCUCAUGCACUUCAUGUCAAGGUGGGGCGAACCUUUUAGCCGACGUGCCUUAAACAGAAACAGCGUCGAAACAUCUGCAAACACACUUUCAUGCAUUGUUUUAAAUAUAACAUUGUCAUUUGUUAACGAACUACCGUUGUUGUCUUCCUCAUAUCAUAUGCCUUCUCAAAAUGAAUUGUUUUUACGUGGCCAUUAUACACAACACUGCCACUCACAUACACAAUGACCUUUCUCGUUGUCUUGUGUAAGUUUCAAAGCAAAAUACAACGACGAGCCUCGUAUUGUUAUGCCUUAGUAAAAUCAGCGACGAAAUU